AUGCGCGGGCUCUGUGUCAAUUUGGCCAUAUUGGUCUCCCUGUGGCCUUCACCUGCCUUGUCUUCCUCCCUAGGGAAGUACGCACUGAACAAGCUUCUCAAUGAUGCCUCACCCAUCUUUGGGUCAUACAACAAUGUGUCUCACAACAAAGCCGAUUGGAUGAAAGGGUAUUCUGACGAUACUCUACUCGUCCACAUGAACAUCCCUGGCACCCAUGAUAGCGCAACCUGGAACUAUACCCAGGCGACUCAAGAUGCUCUGCGUGGCAUCACAGAUCUUAAUCAGAUGACAGUACCAACCCCAGUGGCUUUCCGCUGCCAAGGAAGGUCCUUCAUUGACAUGCUCAACAUGGGCAUCAGGGCAUUCGAUUUGCGCUAUGCAUUUGACCCAACCAACACCACGCUCAUCUUCUACCACUCUCAAGCUCUAUUGUCAGAAUCUGCUUCUUUGGACAUUGUUCUAUUUGGCUUUUACAAGUGGCUCGAUGACCACCCCACAGAGACCAUCUUUCUCUCCUUGCAAUACGAGGGUUCAACAGCAAAGUAUGCAUCUAACGAUGCAUCAUUGCAGCUGAAACUAUAUAAAGCUCUCACCUCGCCUGUGGCUCGCCGCUUUUUUGUUCAGGCAAAGAAUGAAUUAGGGACACUUGGUGAAGCGCGUGGAAAGAUCACCUUGAUGCGCCGCUUCGACCUGGAUCAACUACCAGCUUCCUAUACCACCAGCUUGCCGGGGAUUCAUUUCUCUCCAAGCGUAUGGACGGACAAUGGUCCCGAUAUUGUCCUAACAUAUAAUACCGAGAAGAAUUUGACUGCAUACAUCGAAGAUUAUUACGAGCCCUUGACAGCCACAGGUUCAAGCGCUGCAGAUAACAUUAAGUGGAAGUAUAACGCGACAACCGAGCAUAUCCGCAAGGCUACGACGGAGCACCCGGGUAGCUUGUUCUGGACCUGGGCAUCUGGCACGAACACAGAUAAUAUUCCGUACGAUUGGCCACGCAUCAUAGCUCUUGGAAAUGGUUCUGUCCUCACGCCGGCUGGUGGUGUUAAUCAGCAACUUGUCUCUUUUCUUAAGGAACAGAAAAAUAAGCGGGUUGGCAUUGUGAUGUUUGACUUCUUCGAUCAGCCUUCGGACCUGAUUGAGACAUUUUUGUCACUAUAA